AAAGGGGUAAAUGUCAAUCUGAACAUAAUGAAAGUAAUUCACUUAAUAAUGGUCGGGUCAAUUGUAUCCUUACAACAAAUGGGAAGGCAAUCUAAAUUACCUACCGUAUUUAACUGAACUCAUUAUAAAAUGCAAAUAAAGAUGCUUAAAAGAUGGGGACAAUUUGAGCAUCCUGAAAAGUUGCUAGUGUUAUGUCCCUACCGUCCCUAUACAAACCUACGCCCUUGGUAUGAAGAUGGUCUAAAGAAUUAGAGGAACCCAAGUUGGCUGGCUGCAAAAUGGAGUUAAUUGUUGAAAACGAAUGCCAUAUUCUGAUAAGACAGAGUACUAAGACCUUGCAAACGCAGUAAUUCUGAAAAUGUAAAUAUCCUGUCAGAUGUCUUUUUUUUGAGCCAGCCGAAAGACGGACUGUGUACAAAAGCGUUUUUCAGUAUUCUUCUUCAUUUUCUGACUUCGGAAGCUGAAAAUAUUCACAACAAUAUUUAGCAACGUCAGUAUCUCAUUCUAAAUGAUAAGUGUUACAUUUCGACCAGAGAUAAAUAUGUACUUCAUUCAAAUCUAAAUAUUGAAACCUCUGCGCUAAAUCGAAAGUUUAAAAUGAGAAAUAUUUAUUGUAUAUAAUGCAUAAAUCUAAACAUUUGAUCUAAAUCACAAGUAUUACGUUUAAAGCUUAUACAGUGCCCUCCAUAAUUAUUGGCACCCCUGGUUAAGUUGUGUUUUUUAGCUUCUGCUAUAUAUAUAUAUAUUUUUUUUAAUUCAAAUAAUAUGGGACCUUAAUGGGGGAAAAAAAGAAGAAAAAUCCAACCUUCAAUACAAGUGCAUUUAUGUGGGAUUUUUCCCCCUACUGAAUAAAGAAAUAAUCAUUUGACAUCAAAUAAUGUGUGUCACAAUUAUUAGCACCCCUUUGUACAACCCCCUUUUGCCAACAAAACAAGGUCUGGGGACUGAGAUGGCCAUGGGAGGAGCUUGAUUUUGGGUGUGGUGAAGCAUUUCUGUGUAGAUUUGGCCAUAUGUUUAGGGUCAUUGUCUUGCUGAAAGACCCAGUGACGACCCAUCUUCAGCUUUUGGGCAGAGGGCAACAGAUUUUGAUUUCAAAUGUCCUGGUAUUUCAACACAUUCAUGAUGCCGUGCACCCUAACAAGGUUCCCAGGGCCCUCGGAAGCGAAGAUUCCAAAGGCCCUUUGGAACCAAGAUGGAGCUUUUUGGCAACAAACACUCUAAGUGGGUCUGGCGUGCCACAAAAUGCGCAUGCUGAAAAGCACCUCAUACCCACUGUGAAGUAUGGGGGUGGGUCAGUGAUACUGUGGGGCUGUUUCGCUUAAUUAUUGGCACCCCUUAACCAGGGGUGCCAAUAAUUAUGGAGGGCACUGUAUCUUAAUCUUGAAUAGGGUAAAACGGAAAGGAGUGGUGACUGGAAGUAACGAAAUCCCUAUGCCCUUUUUAAAAAAAAAAAAAAAAAAGGCCUCCCUGCUGGCAGCCAGCAAAAUUUCAACAAUCCUUCUUGCCUUUAGGACUAGAUUACAUUAGUGUCUUGUUUGUUUUUUGGGUUAUAAGCUCCUGCCAAUACAUUUGGUCAAUAUUUGCAUUGCUGGGGGAAUAAUACCUCCAUUAGCGUAUGACAAUAUGGCAUUGCUUUUUUUCCUGCUACGACAGAAAACAAAAUUAGCAUGGGGUUGGAGGGGUGGGGAAAAAAAGGAUGCUAUUGUUCUCUCGUUUGGUUGCACAACCAAAGUGUCUGGAGUUGCUUUACCCCGCUCUUUCUCCAGAUGUCUCAGAAUUCAAGGGUCCUCGUUCACCACGUACGAUACGGGCCAAAAGUUUGGACAUUUGUGCCUUUCUCUUUCAUUUCAUGACUAUUUACAUUGUAAAUUCUCACCGAAGGUAAUUAAACUAUGAAUGAACACGUGUGAAAUGAUGCACUUGGCAAAAAAAAAGACAAAAUAACUUUAAAAAAUAUGCAUCAUUUCAAGAGGGAGUCACCUAAAAUGGUUUUGACUUCACAGGGAUAAUUAAGAGUGGACCUUCAUUUGGGUUGCAUUGAAUAAGGUGUGUCCCCUCCACUCCAAACCUUGUACCUGUACCGUACGUACAUUUUGAGUCGAAUUCAUUCAGAUUGUCAACAAUGGAGCGUUUUCGUGAUUUUCACCAAGUUCUGACAUUGGGAUUGAUGUAUUUACUUUGGAGAAAUCGUACCGGUGCGGUCGAACGCCCAGAGCUGUGAGGUGGAGGGAAAAAAAUUCAAAUCCCAAUGGAAUCAUUUGAUUCCGUGGCGUUUCGUCAUUUGUUUUUGACGUGUCUCACUACCGUAUACCGCAGAUCCGAGAUGUGCGGUAUCUGGGCUAUGUUCGGCAGCGACGAGUGCUUGUCGUCCCAGUGCGCCAACGCCGUGAAGAUCGCUCACCGGGGCCCGGACGCCUUCCGCUUCGAGAAUAUCCACGGCUUGGCCAACUGCUGCUUGGGCUUCCACCGUCUGGCUAUUCUGGAUCAGUUGCACGGCAUGCAGCCUUUGCGUGUCAAGAAAUUCCCUUUUUUAUGGCUGUGCUACAACGGAGAGAUUUACAACCACCUCACACUAAAGAAGCAGUUUGGCUUCGACUGCCAAACCGAAGUGGACGGUGAGAUUUUGCUCCACUUGUACGAUCGCUUCGGCGUGGAAAAGGCGGCGGCUCUGCUGGACGGCACUUUCGCUUUUGUUCUUUUGGACACCCGCGAAAGCAAAGUCUGCCUCGGAAGGGACACGUACGGCGUCCGCCCUUUGUUUAGACUCCUUACCGACGACGGAUUACUGGGCGUCAGCUCCGAGGCCAAAGGUCUUAUGAACGUCGUCCGCGCCCUGGACACGCGUGCUAAAGUCGUCCCCUUUCUCCCGAGCCAUUUUCAAGUCUUUGAAUUGAAGACGGACGGCAAAGUGAAAUCCGUUCAAUUUGAGCCCUUCCACCAAUGCACCGACGCGCCCGCUCACGCCGUCUACGACACCGCGGGGAGACUGCCGACGAGCUUUGACGAAAACGUCGUGAAGGGGAACAUCAGGACGCUGUUUGAGAAUGCCGUUCGGAAACGUCUCAUGGCCAACAGGAGGAUCGGUUGUCUUCUCUCAGGGGGUCUGGAUUCAAGUUUGGUUGCCGCCACAUUGGUGAAACUGGCUAAAGAAGCAGGGCUAAAAUAUCCUAUCCAAACAUUUGCCAUUGGGACAGAAGACAGCCCUGACAUUUUAGCCGCUCGUAAGGUGGCCACUUACAUCGGCAGCGAACACCACGAGGUCAAGUUCACUGCGGAAGAAGGCAUUCGGGCCGUGGAAAAAGUCAUCGUGUGCCUGGAGACCUAUGACAUCACCACCAUACGUGCCUCCGUAGGAAUGUACUUGGUUUCCAAAUACAUCCGUGAGAAGACGGAUAGUGUGGUGAUCUUCUCCGGAGAAGGUUCGGAUGAGCUCACGCAGGGCUACAUUUACUUCCACAAGGCCCCGAGCGCCAAAGCGGGAGCGGACGAGAGCGUUCGACUGCUGAAAGAACUCUACCUGUUUGAUAAUCUGCGCGCCGAUCGCACCACUUCUGCAUACGGUUUGGAACUCCGCGUACCCUUCCUGGACCACAGACUGACUGCGUACUACCUGUCCCUGCCCGAGGAGAUGAGAAAUCCCAGGCACGGCAUGGAGAAAUACCUUUUGAGGGACUCGUUCAGAGAUUCCAAAUUGAUCCCCGAUGAAAUCCUCUGGAGGAGGAAGGAAGCCUUUAGCGACGGCGUCAUGUCUCUUAACAAGUCCUGGUACAUCUUCCUGGAGGAGCACAUCGGGUCUCUGGUCACCGACGAUCAGAUGGCCAACGCGCCGGGGACGUUUCCUCACAACGCUCCCUUCACCAAAGAGGCCUACUACUUCCGACAGGUGUUUGAAAAGCACUAUCCCGGGCACGCCGAGUUACUCCCCCAUUUCUGGAUGCCGCGGUGGAUCAAAGCCACCGACCCGUCGGCUCGCUCGCUGUCCAUCUACAAACUUAACAAUUAUAAUUGAAGUUUUUCUCAAAACAUCCAGGGCGGGCGGGCGGACGGACGGACGGACGAACAGAUAGCUUUUAGUCUUUAGCGACAGUAUCGACUUCACGCAAGUGCUUUUCAAUACUUGAAAUUGGUUCCCUUUAAUCAGUGGCUCCCUACUUGCAUCUUUUUAUGAUUUUAGGUUGGGUUCGUAUGGCCAAUCCAAUGGUGCGUUUGCCUUCUGUCUGUCGGGCGGGGUCCAAAUGAAAUCAAUCUUUACUUUGGUGUAUCGCUACAAUAGUUCAUCAUUGAACUCAUUCCAAAUGAUUUCUGGCCAUCUUUGGGUCCAUCAAUAUAGAAACAAUUGGGAUGAUUAUUAUAAUGACAACAGUGAGCCAUUUUGACUUUUCCUACUCUAGAAACUUUGAGUGUAUUCCAGUGAAAUAUAGAAGCACAUUUAACUCUUCAUUUAACCUACCAAGCAUCCUUUUUUUUUUCUUCUUCUCCAUUUUAAGCUUGUGUGCGCUUAUCACGUGUUUUUAUUUUUAGCUCGUAGUUCUUCAUAUAUCUCAAUGAACUAGUAGUAUUGGUGACCCCAGAGGAAAAUCAAAUAUUAGGUGAAGUAUUGAAUUUAAAUGUUGUACAAUUGUUUCUGUCUUGACAUUAGCUACACGUGUUAGAUUUGCUAUAUUCUCAUUGCCUCUGCAGUGCAACAAAAUAAAAACUUUCUAAAACACUGUUGCUUAUGUACUCAUCAUGCAGUGUCAAUAAAGAAAAAAAAAA